AUGGUUGUAGACACAGAGGAAGAAGAACAUGAAUGGGCCUCUGAUAAAGAAUUUAUGCAUCCUCCCUUUACCGUCGCCUACUCCUUUCACCGAUUCUGCCAUUGUUCUCCACUUCGUCUCUGUCGAAGAUCCUUCAUCUCCGCUCAUCAUCUUUUUGUUUCUGUUCAAAUUUUUUGUCACAACUUCAAGCUUCCGUUCAAUCCCGCACCUCCGUGGAAUCAUCACCUCCAACCACACCUACCUUCCAUUAUCUCCGCCGCGACCCAACAAAUCGACCUCCACGAUCUCCUCCGCGCAAGUGCAGCUGCGACCUCCCUGCAGCAACACCGACAACCACCGUCAAUUGUUGUUCUGACCCAAUUCCACAGAGCACAGCGGACAACACCGCAUCACCUCCUCUCGCCGGCCGAGAUCCAGUCGCGCCGCCCUUCCAUGUUCAACUCCGAUCUACCACUAUAA